AUCUUGUCAAUGAAGGGGCAGAGCGGGGGCGGCCAUUGAGCGCCGCCAGCCUCCAGCAGUCAGCGCGCGCGCCCCGCCGGUCCCACACGGCCGACCAACAUGAACGCGUAUGAAAACACAGUGACUAUCAAGUGCGAGAAGGAGCUCGAGUACGACGACGACUACUACUACCGAGACUACGCCCCGAUGGAGGUGAAGCGCCACUCGGGCGAGCCGCUGGGCUUCGCGCCCGCCUCGCCCGCGCGCCUCAUGGACCUGAGCCACGGGCCCGAGCGCCACCACGCCGCCGCCGCCGCCGCCGCCGCCGCCGCCGCCUGGCCGCACAUCAACACGGUGUUCGACAACGAGGAGAGGGAGUUCCACCCGCAGCAGUACCCGCACUACGACCAGCAGUACCCCGCCGACCGAGCCAGGUCCGACAAGCAGUUCUACUUCGACGACUCCAACUCUCAGGACCAGGCCAGCAGCUUCUACGGCUCCCCUGAGGGCGCGAAGGACGGAGUGUACCGCGCCUCCACGGAGGAACGCAGCGACGAGAACGACGAACAAAGGAGCCGCUCGCGGAAACGAUCCUCCAAAGCCGCGAGAAAGAAAGCGCAGUCAUUCGAAGAGAUGCAGAUACAGCGGGUCAUGGCCAACGUCAGAGAGAGACAGCGAACGCAGAGUUUGAACGAGGCGUUCGCCAGCUUACGGCAAAUCAUUCCGUCUUUACCCAGCGACAAGCUGUCCAAGAUCCAGACCCUGCAAUUGGCUACGCAGUACAUAGAGUUUUUGUACCAGAUACUGUCGAAUAGCGAGACGUCCAGCAACGAUGGUAGUGAGGCGAGCAGCGACCACGGCAAGUACCUCGCUCAAGACAAGCUGAGCUAUGCGUUCUCUGUGUGGAGAAUGGAGGGAGAGUGGACCAACGGACAGACGUGAGCUUCCAAACCAAACAUAGGUUUAAUUCUUGGUGAAUCCAGUUGAAGACGCUUAGCUAUUCCAUUUCCGAUUGUUGAUUAUUUUGUAAAGACACUACAAACAUGACAAUGUUGUUUAAAUUGUGAUAGGUAGUUUUAAGGGUAAAAGUUAAUGCCAAAUGUUUAUUGUAAGUGUAAAUAAUUUUAAUCAAGUGAUAUGUAUAUGUAUAGAAUAGACACUCGCUGAGACCAAAGUAGUAACUUGUUAUUUAAAUGCCAAUGUUUAAAUGAAUUACAAUUGUAAGUACCUAAUUACUGAUCGUCAUUUGAUAUUAUUAUGCAGGUACUGUACUACCUGCAGUAAUGUUUAGGUUGGUUAUAUCAGUUUACUAUUUUUAUAAACAUUAAUAAAUAUUUUCUAAAUACGA